GGCUUUUCUCUUUCAGAACCUCUUGUUGGUGACAAUUACUUGUUUUUGUCACCUUCUAGCUUCCUCCUUGUUUUUCAAUUCAUCAUAAUCCAGAGGAGGAUGAGGGCAUAUACCCCUCAAUUUUUUUGUUACAGGAAGGAACAUACACAUCCAUCCCUUUGUUACACAACCAUUAGUCCAUUACAUUUAGUCUUAUGAGGUUUCUUCUGCUAGAUUUUUAACCAUUACCAACUUCAGAAGGUACCAAUUAACCAAGUUUUUUAUCCAUAUUAAGAUAUCGGCAAGUUUUACGUGACUCGAAGGCCUAACACAACCCUCGUCCUCCAACAGAAGAAACAAAUUAAGCAAAAAAAAAUAGUAAAAAAAGAAAAGAAGGGGUUAGUCAAUUGUUCAUUAAAUCAGCCAAAAUGAAUGACCUGUUCUCAAGUUCCUUCAAGAAAUACAGUGACUUGAAGCAGCAGGCCUACCUUGAUGAUGUGGAGGCCGGGAAGGAGAGUGUCAAUCUAGACAAAUUCUUUGAAGAUGUGGAGAGUGUUAAGGAAGACAUGAGAACGAUUGAGAAGCUCUACAGAAAACUGCAAGAAUCCAAUGAAGAGAGCAAGAUUGUGCACAAUGCUAAAACCAUGAAAGAGCUCCGAGCCCGGAUGGACAACGACGUGUCGCAGGUCCUCAAACGCGUCAAGAUCAUCAAAGGCAAGCUCGAAGCCUUGGAGCGUUCCAACGCGGCAAACAGAAACGUCCCAGGGUGUGGUCCUGGUUCAUCAGCAGACAGAACCAGGACCUCAGUGGUUAGUGGAUUGGGGAAGAAACUCAAGGACAUGAUGGAUGAUUUUCAAGGUUUGAGAGCGAGAAUGCAGCUCGAGUACAAGGAAACCGUGGAACGCCGGUAUUUCACAAUCACAGGAGAGAAAGCAGAUGAAGAUACCAUAGAGAAUUUGAUAUCAAGUGGAGAAAGUGAAAGCUUCCUGCAGAGAGCAAUUCAGGAACAAGGGAGGGGCCAGAUUAUGGACACCAUUUCAGAAAUUCAAGAAAGGCAUGAUGCUGUUAAGGAAAUAGAGAAGAACUUGCUUGAAUUGCAUCAAGUGUUUUUGGACAUGGCAGCAUUAGUGGAGUCUCAGGGUCAGCAACUUAAUAACAUAGAGUCUCAUGUUGCACAUGCUAGCUCUUUUGUUAGGAGAGGCACAGAUCAGCUUCAGGAAGCAAGAGAGUACCAAAAGAGUUCUAGGAAGUGGUAUUGCUAUGCCGUUAUUCUUGUCAUUGUUCUUGUCAUUGUGCUCCUGUUUCCUCUCUUGUCAUCACUUCUACCUCAUUUGUUGAUGAGAUGAAGAAAUUAGACAUGGAAGAACACUCUUGAGACUUGAGAGCAUUGUUUCCUUAACUUCUUGGUAGAACUUUGCAUUCUGAAAUGAACAUGUUCAUGUUCAUGCCUAGGAUCAACAAGAGAAUGGUGACAAAUUGGGAUUUGAUGACCUCCUUGGUAUUCAGGCAUUUCAUCAAAUCCUGAUGAAGCAAAGGAUCCACAAAAUGUAACAAGGUUAUUCUGAUUUUGGUUUUUGGAUUCUCAAAGAUCUGUGAUUGGAAGAGAACAAGAGGAAACACAUGUACAUGACAAUGUUAUUGUAGUAGGUUUGACACAUUUCGGAACGGAUACACACAUGUGAUUUAGUUUCUUCUUUUCUUAGUUGUUCCUACCCUGUAUGAUUGUAAAUUUGUAACGGUUGAAGAACUUGACAUUGUUCAAUCAUCGAGUGUUUUAUGGUGAAUUGGAUUAUACAGGGCAAUUCGAAAGAAUGCAAUCAUCCAAUCAAUCGGGUUAUCACAAUUGAUAUAUUUUUUAAAAGAAAAUCAAUAGAAAUUGUGUGAUUAUC